UUCAACAACUUCCAGGCUUCCCCCUCUGCAGGCCCAGUGAAUGGCCCCAGAGCCCAGCUGGAAUACAGCAGCAGGGACCCAUCAUGUUAGCUGUACUGACUUCAGGCAGCUAGAAGAAUCUAAUCUUCAAUCUCAUCAUCAUCUUUACAAAGGAGCAAUGUGCCUGCACAUGUCUUACCUGAUCUUUGAAGUUGAUGUCAGCUCCUCUUUCUAAAAGACUGUUGACGACUGUGGCGUGUCCUUCCAGAGCGGCACGAUGCAGCCCAGUCCUCUUCAACUGGAAAAUGUAAAUUUACUAUUGUAGAUGUUAUUUAUUUAUUGUUUAUGCUGUACAUUUAUCUGUGCUUGAAACAUACCUCAUCGUGCACAUUAGGAUCCCCACCAUCUGCCAGAUACUUGUCUAUCACAUUCAGUUUGCCUUGAGUGGCUGCAUUCAUGAAUUCUGCAGUAUCAACGUGUCCUAUCUGUCAAUGCAGAAACACACACACGCACACACACACACACACACACACAGAGAGAGAGAGAGAGAGAGAAGAGGCACAGGCGAGAGACAGAUCCAAUUUGAUAUCUCUUUGUGCACAUGAAGAUAAGGUUUCAAAACGGCAGCUCACCACAGGGAUUUCCGCAGACAACCUGGGUACCAUGGUGACGCUGGAUCACUUGAGUGCAGAAGACACAGAUGACGACUCCUUGCUGUUGCCUGAGGCUGCGGAGGCUGCAACACCAACACCUGUCUGUCACAGGCAACUCGUGGUCACAAAUACCGACUCCAGGGAUUUUUUCCUCACCAGGGGUGAGAACCUUGUCUUCAGUCUGGUGCUGCUGAUUGGAUGCUACUCAGCCGUUCUGAUUCCUGCCUAUUUCCCCAUGGAUCAGGUGGCAACACUGGGCAAUGACUUUCAACAUCCCAAAGACCUGGUUUUACUAAACAGCUCAGCCACGCUGCUGUCAGGCCCCUGUCAGCCUCACUGGAGUCUGAACCACCUCAAGUCUCUGUCCUGGUCUGGGGGCCUCGUGGACAUCCCCGUGUUUGUGCAGCAGGACAGGCCCGUGACCUGGGAUCUGUCCCCUCCUCUGGGGCUUCAGGGCAGCGAAGAGCCUCUGGCCCUGGCUCUUGCAUCUCUGCCUGAGCAUAACCUGCCUCCAUCACUGAGGAGAGACGGCAGCUGCAAGCGAUGUAUGGUGGUGGGCAAUGGAGGGGUUCUGCACGGGAGCCAUCUUGGAUCCCAUAUAGAUCAGUAUGACAUCAUUAUCAGGUUGAAUAACGCUCCAGUGCCCGGCUUCGAGAGAGAUGCUGGUUCCCGCACCACCAUCCGCUUGCUUUACCCAGAGGGAGCGCCUCUCUCUGCAAAAGAGUACAAAAAUACCUCCAUGGUCGCACUGGUGGUUUUCAAGAGCCUGGACCUGGACUGGCUCACUUCUGUCAUCACCAAACAGCCUCUGAGCUUCUGGUCCAAAAUGUGGUUCUGGAGAGAGGUGGUGGACGAUAUCCCUCUAAGACCAGAGAACUUCAGGAUCCUACAUCCGGAGAUUAUUCGCAAGACGGGACAAGUGCUACAGAAAUAUGCAGUGAAACAUGGAAAAAUGGUGCCCACACUAGGUGCCAGCGCGGUGGUGUUGGCUUUGCAGCUGUGUGACCAGGUGAGCCUGGCAGGGUUUGGCUACGACAUGCAGCACCCAGAGGCCAGGCUUCACUACUAUGAGACAAUACGCAUGGACGCCAUGAAGGCUCAAGUGGUGCAUGACGUCAGUGCUGAGAAACUCUUCUUGAGGGACCUGGUGACUGUGCGAGCUGUGACCGACCUCACAGGCGCAUUGGGAGCCAGCAGCAUGGAGACCAAUCAUAUAGUGAACUCCACGUGCACUCCUCCCUCUCACUGUGAGCAUGUAUAGCGUCCUCCAUAAGAGGCUUGCCCAGCAUGGACUGACCUUUAAAGCGCCCACAGUCUCUGGAUGCUGCACGAAUCAACGAUUGUGGAGACAAAAAUAAAUGUAUGUUGUUUAAAAAUCAAUGAACUAUUUACCAACAGUUUCAAGAGUAGUUAUCAUACGGGUGAAUACUGUGUAAUCACAAAUCAGGAAAAUGCUCAGAAAAUGACUGGAUUUUUUUUUUUUUAAACGAAUACAAUGAUCCAUGUUCCACACUGUGCUAUUUACAUUAUGUUUACAAUGACGCAAUAAAAAGUGAAUAAGAAA